AUGUCUCAAUCCUUCACCCCCGCCGACGUCGCCUCCCACAACAGCCCCGACAAGGGCCUCUACAUCAUCGUCGACAGCACCGUCUACGACGUAACCAAUUUCAUCGACGAGCACCCGGGCGGCGCCAAGAUCCUGAAGCGCGUCGCCGGGAAGGAUGCCUCGAAGCAGUUCUGGAAGUACCACAACGAGACCGUGUUGAAGAAAUAUGCCGAUAAACUCAAGAUUGGCGAGGUGAAGGAGGCCGCCAAGCUGUGA